AGAAGUGGACCACGGUCAGUCGUUUUCCAGCUUUAGAGAGGAUAUCCUCAAACUGUUGUUGACUUGUCGCUUCCACGAGAUUCGCCAUCUUUUCUUCUCCUUGAGCUUUUUCCGCUGCCGAUCUGACGUCACUUCCGUGUAGCCUAGUAGCACGAACCGGAGGUAAGAACUACCGGAAAGUUUUCUGUUAUCGGGAGAUAAAAACCAGCUGCGCGUCCCGGAUAAGUUGCAACGACAAACAGGAUCACCAUGGCAGAACAAACGUCUGACAUAGAAGUGACGGUGAAAACACUCGACUCCCGGAGCAGAACGUACACGGUUGGUUCUCAGCUGACGGUGAAAGAGUUCAAGGAGCACAUUGCCCCCUCAGUUGGCAUCCCUGUAGAUAAACAAAGACUCAUCUACCAAGGCAGAGUGCUGCAGGAUGAACGGACGCUGGCAGAUUACAAUGUGGGCGGAAAGGUGAUCCAUCUUGUGGAGCGGGCCCCGCCUCCACCCUCCCAGGCUGGCUCAGGGUCAGGGGGCACUUCAGCCGACAGCGGGCCAUCUUCAUCCUCCCAGGGAACGUCACAGGUGCCACACGAUCGCAAUGCUAACAGCUACGUUAUGCUAGGUACAUUCAACCUGCCUGUGAACAUCAUGGAUCCCCAGCAGAUACAGAUGACAGUCCAGCAGAUGGUGUCUGGAAUGGGAGAGAAUGCCAGAGUCACCACCAGCUCCGGGACCAACGGGUCGGUCAACGUCCACAUCGACAUGGACCAGCCCAUCCAGAGCGAGCCCAGGCUGAGGCUGGUGUUGGCAGAAAACCUGCUGCGAGAUGUUAAUAAUGUCAUCAACAGAAUGGAGGGUCGGACAAGUGACUCCUCCCAAACUGAGACAACAUCUGCUGCUGCCCCUCCGCCACCUCCCUCUUCUUCAUCCACCACUUCCACUCCAUCUCCAUCAGCCCAGCCUAUGGACACCUCCCCACCACCAACAACCCCCCCACCUCCUUCCACUUCUUCUGCUGAGUCCGAGGGACCAACUCCACAACCCGGACCCCAUCAUCCCAGUCCAGCUGAACUGGCAGAGAUGCUGUCUGAACUGCGGCGAGUUGAAGAGAGGCUGCAGCCUUUUAUCCAGAGGGGUCACACUAUUCUGGAGACGGCCACCACGGCAGAGUACAACAACAACACGGAAAGAGAGGAAGACCAAAGAACACUCUUCCAGAUUUGUGAGUGUUUUCGUCUCCUUGGCAACGCCCUGGUUGCCCUGAGUGACCUGCGGCUGAACCUCAUGACUCCAGUCCCUCGUCACCUUCAUGUGAUGCGGCCAUUUUCUCACUACACCAGCCCCGUCACCCUCCCUGGAGCCGUGCACCAUCACAUCCCAGUGCAAAUGAACUUGGGUGCCACAGUGACUGUUGCAGGUAACAGCACUGAGGGACAAACUCCGCCCACCCAGCCAGCCAGCCAGUCGGAGCAGGCAGGUCAGGGACAGACCUCCCCCUCACAGACUACCCCGUCCAAUCAGCAGGCUGGACAGGGACAGGCUGGCCCCCGGGUCAUCAGGAUCAGCCACCAGGCAGUCCCGGUGGUCAUGAUGCAGAUGAACACGGACGGCCCAAGUGGAAACUCAGCUGCAGGUACUCCACAAAUGCCCGGACAGCCAGGUGCCGUCCCUCCUGACUUUAUGAGGAAUCUGAUGCAGCAAGUCAGCCAGUACGCCACCGCCUUUGCCACAGCUCCCACUGGUCAGCCAGUCCCUCCUCAGCCCACCCCUCCCAACACCACACCCACCUCCUCAGCUACUACCACUGGUCCAAACACACCCACCACCACCCCUACUGCCCCCCCACCACCUUCCCAUGCUGGCCCCCAGCAGCCCCUGGCCAGAGUUGUGUUUACCCGACCCCCCUUUGGCUCCAACAUGCCCCCUCCAGCCUUCGGGCCUCGGGGAACCACCAUCAACGUGAGGGCUGCCAUGCCGGCCCAGCAGCCAGGACAGGCUUUCAACCCUGCUGCUCUGAACCAGAUGAUCAGUGGACUGGUGGGACAACUCCUGCUGCCGGGACAGCUGGCUGGUCAAGCAGUCACGUCCAACUCCUCUACGUCCACUUUUACAACCACUUCAUCCUCUUCUUCCUCCUCCUCUGAAACCUCUUCCUCCUCUACCUCCUUUACGUUUGCUGCCACUGGUCCAACGCCUCCUCCUGCUGCCAGUGCUGCUUCUACUCAGAACCAAGCAGGGACCACCAGUGGCGAGCCUCAGGACUUGGCACCGGAUCUCCGUCAGCUCCUCGGUUCCCUCCUAGGGAUGGCUGGAGGGGCAGGUGGUGGCCCCACAGGGGCCCCCUCAAUCACAGUCACCACAUCCGGUGUUCCAGCCUUCUUCCAGGGAAUGACUGAAUUCAUGCAGCAGGCCUCCCAGCCCAUUUUCUCCCCUCCCCCACAUCCCUCUGGUACCGCUCCAGCUCCUGGGUCAGAACCCAACACAGCAGGAAACCCCCCUACAGCAGCCACCGCUGGCGCUGAGUCCCUGAACCCAGAGCUGUUUACGGGCAUCGUCCGCGGUGUCCUCAGUACUAUGAUGGGUUCUCUGGGUCAGGCUCAGAACGACACGGAGAGCAUCGCUCAGUUCAUGCAGAGGCUCUCUCAGGCCACCAACAUCUUCAUUAGCCCUGAAGACCCAACAGGGUUCUUCGGAGAGCUGCUGAUGCUGGUGUGUCAGACCUUCACCAUGUCUGAUCUGGUGAUGCUGCUUCACGGCCAGCACCAGCCCCUGAGCCGGAUCCAGCCUCAGCUGUCCCAGUUCUUCACCCAGAACUACCUCAACGGCAGAGAGCCCACCGAUGAGAACAUCACUGCUGCUGCCGACACGCUCGUCAACGAGCUGGAGGAGUACAUCACAGAGAGCUUUAGAGAGUCCUCAGUCACUGUGUUGGACGGCGUCGACGUCACACAGACCAACAUGUCUUUUUUCAGACAGCAGCUGACUCAAAUUGCCACACACAUCCUGCGCUGCACAGACGAGACGUUUGGGCCCAGGCUCCUGCAGAUGUGUAACCAGGCUCUGUUUGAGUGUCUCGCCCUCAACAUGCACUGCCUUAGAGGAGACCAGCGAGCUCUAACGGCCGUCAUCAACCACAGAAUCCGGAGGAUGUCGAGUGACAUCAGCCCCAGUCUGGUGAACUGGAUGACCAGUAUGAUGACCAUGAGGCUGCAGGUCAUCCUGGAGCACAUCCCCGUGUCUCUGGAGCAGAUCCAGAGCUACAUCGUUUACACACAGAUGGAUCCGACUUCUGGGAGUAGCACACAGGGAGCUGAGCGGGCUCAAAGCGAAACGAUUGGGGACACCCUCUCACCUGCUGCAGCCACCACAGCAGAGGAAGCCAUGUCUGUGUCCCGCGACAUGGCGUCAUCGUCACGUGAGAUGAGGGCGUUACCCACAGACCUGGGAGCCUCGGGUGGAGCCGCGCCGUUAGGUGGAGACAUGGCAGCGGCGGGAGCAGAGGGAGGCAACGAGGAUUCUGAAGGAGAGUCUGAAACCUGGGCUGCCGUGGUACCUCCUGAGUGGGUUCCCAUCAUCAGGUGUGACAUGAUGACGCAGAGGAAGAUGAAGGCUCAGCCCCCGCUCUCUGACGCCUAUCUCCACGGCAUGCCGGCUAAACGCAGGAAGACGGGGCAGGGCAGCGGCAGCCUCCUCUCUCUCUCUGACGCGGUGAGCCAGGCAGCCAGGACCGCCGGGGUAAGGCCGAUCACGUCGGUCGAGCAGCUGCAGGGAGAUCUGGAGACCGAGGAGGUGAAGGAAGCCUACUCGGAGCAGGUCAAAGCUGAUGUGAAGAAGCGACUGAGGGAGGAUCCUGACUUCAGUCCUCAGAAGUUUCCCAACGCCCACAGAGCCUUCUCCUCCGACCCCUGAUCCCGACUGAUCCCUGAACAUUAAACCUGUUUUUCUCCGUCAGCUACAUUCUUUGGAUCUUUAUUAUAGAAGGAGAGAGCAGCUGAAGCUUGAACCUUCUGUCUGAUGCUGCUGUUUUCAGCCAACAGAGAACCUCUCUGGAGGAUUUUUACACAAACAGACCUUUGGUUUAGAACUCGUAUUGCUGUAACAGGCAGCAUAAGCCGAGUCAGCUGUUGGGUCUCCAAACAGAACCAGAGUGGUUCUGCGUUGGCUGAAAAGCUCCAGCUGCGCGUCCAGGUCGGAGUUAAUUUAUGUUCUGCUCCUGAAAUGGUCUCCAUACUGAUUAUUACUGAUCAAAAUAAACGCAUCAUGAUGGUUCUGUGGGAUUGCUAGUGCCACCUAGUGGCGGUGAUGCAUACGCACACCUAAACAGGGAUUUUUUUUAACUUAAAAUAAUCUAAAUUGAGUUUUUAAUCAGAGUUCACAACAGCUUUAAUAAAACUCUCCAGCCCAAAUUCUGCUAAGAAAUAAAAUAAUCUUCCUGUUUUUGUUCACAGGAGUUUAACAUCGAUGCUUCAAAACAACCUGAGUCCGGUUUUGGGUCUGAACACGUCGACUAGAGAAUGUAGUUAACGGGAAGUUUGUUUUAAUGACCGAUGCUCCUCAGUUAACAGAAACAAUAAUCAUCAGAGAUCUGCUGCUUCUGCACCGCUAACACACAGUUUCUUGUUUUUAUUUAUUGCUUUGUGGUCCAACUCUUACAGAAAGAACCCUAAACGCUCCUAAUUAAAGAGCUCUAAUCACCAGAUUUAUGUUUCAGUCUGACUGUGUUUGAACUUUGGUGCUCCUCUUUUCCUCCGGUUUUCUUCUGGGGCCCAAAUCUUCAUCUUCCUGAUCAUCUUUCCUCUUCUUCCUCGAUCACAGAAAACUUUCAUGUGUUGUUUGGUACAUGAAUGUACAGCAAGCUUAAUAAAGAAAUACACACCAA